GCAACCGGUCGGUCUGUCGUUCUCUGCUCUGUCCGCGCCACGUUACGCUCGCGCGACCCAACCGUAAACGAUACAUCAAGCAGCUCUGCUUUUCGCGCGUGCGACAGAAGCGACCACGUUCCCGCGACGACGUGACUGCUCCGACGCUGUUGAUAGAGUGGCACUUUAGCGAUCGCUCGUCGGUGAUUACGUCGGAUCAUACCUAAUACGUCGAACACCGAAUGACAACCUGGCCGGUUAUUUAGCAACGUUUUAGUGUUGUGCUCCGAUCCACUGCCGUACGCUUUGAUCAGGACUCUGUUCCGAUUCCAACGGACCCGGUCGCGCUCUAUUGGUCACGCGACGUACGAGACGAUCACGGCUGACCAAUCCGCACCCGCGGAUAACCCCUGUGCACGAGAAUUCGCUCGCGACUGUCUUACACUCCCGCGCGCACGUGCGUGCACGCGCGCUGUCAUAUCUUCGCGCGCACGCAUGUCAACGACACGGGGUCGAAGUUGACAUUCGCGAGCAGCAGAGAGGAUGCUGAUGCUGCAUGACCGGCGCGCAAGGCGUAUCGACAAUAGAAAACUGUACCGUUUUCCGAACGGCCAUUGUCAGCACAACGGUUAUCAGCAUUGUCGUGGCACACGACGCCCGUAACGACGUCGCGACGUCAAGCAAUUCGGCUCGCGGACGCGCCCCCGGCUAGUUCAUCAAUAGACCCCACGUGGCCCAGGAAGCAGCGCGCGAGGUGAUGUUGCUGGAGUCGCGAGGCCUCACCGGUAGGAAGAGAAACGGACUGACACUGACCUCGUUCGGCGGCGGUGGUGGCGGCGGUGACGGCGGCGGUGGCGGUGGCGGUGGUGGCGGAGGAACCGGCAGCGAGGAGGACGACGAGGAAUCCCGACAUCAUCUCUACCUGGGUAGGAAGAUGCAGGGCGAGGGCACCGCCGCCCCCGCGGUAUCCACCGGGUUGUCCGGAUGCGCCGGCGACGACGGCGACGAGAGCUCGAGUCCGUCGCCGAACAGCAGCCUUCUGAACAACCUCAACAAUAACUGCAAUUCGAAUCGGCAGUGCGCGACCGACUUCAGCAUCGCCGCGAUUAUGGCGCGGGACUCGCGUCAACAACAGAUGCAACAACAGCAGCAGCAGCAGCAACAACAGCAGCAACAGCAGCAGCAGCAGCACCACCACCACAGGCAUCCGCAGCAGCAGGCCGUCGGCGGCGGCAAACUGCACCAGCACGAAAGGGAAGCUAGCGGUUCUGGGGUCGUUCGCAGUGCUCCGCCGGUUUCCGAGACGAUCAACGCCGAAGACGAACCGGAAACGGACGAUACUGGCAGCACUAGCGGGAAGGGCGUUUCGCCGGUGGUGAACCCUUUACUCCAGGAGCGCUCGAAUUGCGAGGAGCUCAGGCACGUGGUGUGCCACCUGGAGACCAAGGAUCUCUGGGACAAGUUCAACGAGCUCGGCACGGAGAUGAUCAUCACAAAGACCGGCAGGCGGAUGUUCCCGACCUGUCGCGUCUCAUUCAACGGGCUGAAGGCGGACAGUCGAUAUGCGGUUUUGAUGGACAUCGUGCCGGUCGACAAUAAGAGGUAUCGGUACGCAUAUCACAGAAGCUGCUGGUUGGUGGCCGGAAAGGCGGAUCCGCCGGCGCCAGCCCGGCUCUACGUCCAUCCGGACUCGCCUUUCACGGGCGAGCAGCUCCGAAAGCAGGUCGUCUCCUUCGAGAAAGUCAAGCUCACCAACAACGAUAUGGACAGGCAUGGACACCUGGUGCUGAACUCCAUGCACAAGUACCAGCCGAGGAUCCACCUGGUGAAACGGCCGGACUCGGGCACGGCGAAGCCGAUCAUGGACCUCGAGAAGGAACCGCACAAGACCUUCGUAUUCCCGGAGGCCAUAUUCACCGCUGUCACCGCCUAUCAGAAUCAGCUCAUCACAAAGCUCAAGAUCGACAGUAAUCCGUUCGCCAAGGGCUUUCGGGACUCAUCCCGCCUUACCGACUUUGAGAGCUUCCCUUUCAGGGAGACGAUGGAGUCGAUGCUGGCGGAGCAGCAAUCGCUGAGGUUUCCGCAUCGACUGCCCUUCGAAAUGGAGCAGCUCCAGGCAAGCACGGUGAGCAAUCUCAGUCUCGAGGAAAAAGCCCUAUGGGCCGCACGUUCCCAGAUGCUGCUGAGAGCGGCGGCAGCUGUAGCGGUCAGUCCGUAUGCUCAACUGGUGAGCCCCGCGCUGGUCUAUCCGGGCGCGUCCGCAGCUGGUACUAGCCACCAACAACAGCAGCAGCAACAGCAUCAACAACAGCAGCAGCAGCAACAACUGGGUCAUCUAUGGUGGGCUUCGUCCAUCGGACCGACUCUCUUUGCGGCGGCUCACCAUCAGCAACAGCUGGCCGCUUCCAGCUCUCAGCAGAACCCGACGGGUCCUGCGGCUCCCCGGCCGCUCUAUCCAUCGCCCCUCGCCCUGGCUCAUCACCGAUUCUCGCCCUAUCACACGGCGACCGCGCCCAAAUCUUCGACACCAGCUGCGCCGUCGCCGUCGCCGUCCAGAAGGGCCACACCGUCGCCCACGGACAGUCUCAGUAGAGAGGCCCAGGACCUCUCGCCCUCGUAGUCGCUGGCUCUCACGUGACUUCGUUAAAGAAGUAUCUGACCGCGAUCACCUUGCGGAGGAACUCUGUAAGACCUUUUGCUAAGGCUGCGCGACGAGAGCCGGUGCUUCUCCCUCGAAAAUGGGAGAUUCCGAUAGUCGGAACUGCGAGUUGUGUACUCGCGCUAGGCGAAAUGGAAUUUAUGCGAAAUAUGCCCCGCGAAAUCGUAUCGCCUAGUGUUGUUCCUCUUUCUUGCGAAAAUGACGAAGAUUUGACUUGAGCGGUGAAAGCCGAUUCCCUGUAUGUGUCGAGAUUUAAAAUAAUUUCCUUUUUCUCUUUUAAAUCUCCAGGGAACUCCGGUACUUUUAGCAACUGUAACAUUUUGUUCAUUAGAAGUGCAAUAUCCAUCAGACGGUAAUUUUCUCGUCUUUAGAAUUUUGAAGGAGCCGGUCUCCAUUCCGUUAGAUAAAUGUAAAGAUGAUUGUACAAAAAACAAGAAGAAAAUGUUCUCAUGUUUGCGUAAUGCGACGGAUUACCGUAAAGUGUCUGCGCAACGGAGAUCGACUUUCAUCGCGCGUGUCACGCGUCUCAUGGCGUCCCAUCGGGGGGCGUUAGGAGGUUGUCGCGCUGCGACGUCCGGGUGUACCGACGAAACUUGCGGAACCCGGCGUGAAUAGCGACGAUAAUUGUGGUGUCAAAGGUUCUCGACGGCGCGCGCGGUCGAGUUGGCUUCGGCGUCGCUCUCCAUUUUUCUUUCCUGCACAGCGCAAAGGGGGAGUGCGGGAACAGAAACGUAAAGCUCACGUUCCCCCCUGAGAGUCUGAAUGCUGGCCUCUCUCGCGGCUGAACUCUCGACCUUUGGCGGGCAUGGUGGCAAGUACAGAGGACUUGAGCCGCCUCACGUGACUCGGCGAUUCCGUUGUCUCCCGACUUGUACCCUGGGACCCGGAGAGAGGCCUGGACCUGUGUGUAUAUCCUUGCCUCGAUCGGCGAUCGGAAGCGAUAGGACCUCGCCGCCGCGAUCCUGGUAGUCAGGACGCAGCGUCGUGGAUGCACUUUCGUAACCGAUACGAUAGAGUAUCGUUACGGUAUAACGAAAGUCUGUCACGCGUGCAGAUGACGUCGGAGAUGAGGUAUCUUUAAGUUUUUUCGUUACAUUCGUCUCUUUAUCUUUCACGCGAGAUCGCGUCUCUCGACGUCACAUCGGUUCUUCUUGCGGCCACAUUCGAAGCGAAAGCUGCGAAGAGGCGCGUCGCUGGAGCAAUCCCCAAUAAAGUGCUUUGCACGUUUUCGGGAGAGAAUUCUUAUUAUAAUCUUAAAUAUAUAUAUAUAUUAUUAUUUAAUUUAGUAGAAUAAAUUAUUUAAAAGGUUGAUUCUUUAUAUAUGAAAGUUUAUGAAGUACAGAUGUUUAUUAGUGACUAAAUAUAAUUUGAUAAGUACAAGGGAGGAAGUGUCCAGUCUGAUUUUUAUUGAGAAAUGUUUAUAUCUCAUUUUUCCAUAUUUCAUCGAACAGCCUCUUCGCAGUUCCUCUUUGCAGCUAUUUUUCUACACAAGAAACGUCACGCGUGAUUGAUUGGGCCACGUUGCUUCGAGAUUUUAGGCGAGCGAUCGCGAAUAUCACGGCAAUCUCUGCCGAGUUGUGCACACGAACAAUACAAACGUUGUAAAUAUGUAACCAACAUCCUGGUUCUCAAGGUGGCAUAAUUGCCGCGCAUAAAUACACACACGUAUAUGCAUCUUUAAGGACAACUAAGUUGUACGGUGACUAAAGAACAAAUCUACUGUAUAUAGGUAUACAUAUAUUCUACUUGCGACGUAAGGUAACUACGGCUCUAUCUCUUGUAACAUAAGCUGUAUAUUUCGUAUCACGAGCUAUUGUUAUCGUUAUUUAUGUUUUCGAUUCCGUACUUAGGCGCGGAGGUGCGCGAAGUGGGCGCGCUCGACGAAGGAGCGGCGACCUGGGCUUUCGACAAAUCGAGAGUUCAAGGGUCUAAGGACUUUAAUCCUCGGCAAUCUAAUUACAUCUAGGUUGGACACGGCGAGGAAUCAGAGAAAUCUUCAAUGCCGAAGGAAGAUUGGAGACCCGAGCGACGCUUUGCGCGUUCUCCGUGAGCGCCUGCAAGAAUUAUUAUCGCUGCGGCGACUAGUGUUUAGUGUAGAGCGUUAUAUUGUUAAUGCUUGUGUUGUGAAAAACGCAUACACGCAUCUAUUGCUGUGCAAGCUACUCCCUUGUAAAUAAACCCUAAUAAACUCUUGUACCGAGCGCACCGUUCCGAAUAUAUUUCCUCUUCGUCGUUUUACACUAAUUUCUUUUUCCGUUGUGCAUUUAUCCCCUAAAAAAACUGUCCUAAUUAUAUUAUAAAACUUUGGAGAAA